GACAAUUUAUCAAACACAAAGCGUUCAUAACUAGACUGACAGACGCAUGCUGUGUAUUAUUUGUCAACAAACUCUCUGUCACGUAUAGAACUAUAUGUUUACGCGUAGUGAUAUAUGUUUGCACUGGAGUCUGUCAUGUUUUAGAAUACACACUGUCGACUGAGCCGGCUGUGGAGUUACAGCGCCUGGCCGUGCCGAUGGGCCCUCUCCUAAUUAAACAACAAUCAUUUGUUGUUGUUUUCGUGUCGAUGCUAUGUAGCACAUACGCAGGUUCGGAAAAUGGCGCAGGUAUUAGUUCCGAUGUAUUAUACAUACUCAGACAACAGAUUUCGAAUGAUGGAUAUGACCCUACCGGUCUGUCGAUAUUGUCGCAAGGUGUCGGCAAAACACGUGUAUCACCCUUCAAUUGGCUAAAAAUCGGAAAUAACCAAAAUGUUCCACCGAUAAAAGUGAGGAAUGGAUGGAAGGAGGAAUUCCAUAACAGGAUAAAAAGGUCGUUAGCUAAGGUAAAAACAAGACCUGUGGACAGAUUCGACAUGUCGACAUCAAUACCUUCACAGUACAUUGUGGUGGUGAAAUUGAAUGUGCCUGUCAACAGAACCACACUUCUCUGGUUACGCCAUGCCUUUGCCACCGGCCUUAAUCUGCCUCUGGAAAAUGUCGGUAUCUACAAAGUUAAGGGUUCAGAGGUUGAGCUUUUCUUUAUCAAACUGGGUCACCCUGUGAACAUGUUUCGACUGAUAGACUUGAAGACAGCCGAUGAAAUUAUUACAGAAGAUUUGCUGCAGACAGUCCAGAACCAAGUGCCUACAUUAAACAUUACAUCAUUUUAUCCUCAGCAUGAUUUUGUCAUCGAGAAGUACCAUGUGAAGUUUUGGAUGGAGAGUUAUUUCCCUUACGUGGCAGCUGCUUGUGGAGUGUACCUCGUCCUGAUAGUGUCUAUUGUGGUGUAUUGUUGUUGGCGGAAGUCAAAGAAGGAGCCGUUGGCCCCUAAGGAGCUGAAGAAGCCCCAGCAGGUGUACUACCCUUCUGUGAAACCAGACAUGAAGGAUCCGGUGAUGAUACAACCAGAGUCGAGUCCUACGUUUGUCACUAAGGGAUGUGUGACCCCGGUACAGACACCCCCGAUGAGGGUCAAGACCAAGGGACUGUUAGAAAGACGAGGAUCAAAUGCUUCUUUGACAAUCGAUUUGAAUGCCUCACCAGAAAUGAAGAGAUGGGAUGGAACACCUCCUAAAGAAAGUACUGGUUUAGAAUACUUGUUAUCUGCGGGAAACAGACUGAGCCGAAGGGACCUUCGAAUGGCAGUAAAACAUUGUAAAGCAUUAUAUGAAGAGUUUUGGGAAAUACCUAUGAAUCAUCCAGAAAAAGUCUACGUGGCUGGUUCAGGCAUGAAGAACAGAUACAAGACCAUUGUACCUAAUGAACAUAGCCGGGUGAUACUGCCAGACAGCGAGUGGGAUCCUCUGUCAUCAUACAUCAAUGCAAACUACAUCAGGGGAUAUGAUGGAGAGCCUCAGGCCUAUGUAGCUACCCAGGGACCAAUGUCACACACGAUUGUGGACUUCUGGAGGAUGGUGUGGGCAGAAAAGUCUCCUAUCAUCGUAAUGAUCACAAAACUAAAGGAAAAAGGACGACCUAAAUGUGAAAGUUACCUACCAGAGGACUACUCAUCGGCAACAUUUGGAGAUAUAGAUGUAAAAGUGGACAGAGUGGUCACUCGACAUGGCUAUUCUCUCAGACACCUCUUACUGCGGAGUAAUGGUGAGCUACAACACGUUCUCCACUACUGGUACACGGCCUGGCCUGACCACAAACCUCCCACAUCUCCCACAAUGCUCCUGGAACUGAUAAAGGAAGUGGAACAACGCCGUCACCAUCACGAUGGAAUCCGCACAAAAGGACCAGUCAUUGUCCACUGCAGUGCUGGUAUUGGGAGGACGGGGUGUUUUAUCGCCAUCAGUAUAGGGAUUCGACAGUUACGAGAGGAACACUCCGUGGAUGCCCUGGGUACUGUAUGUACAAUGAGGAUAGAUAGGGGAGGUAUGAUACAAACACAUGAACAGUAUGAUUUUGUACAUCAGGCUUUAUAUGAGUACGAAAAACAGUUAGAGGAACCAAUAGGGAACACGGUGGGAGACUGACCGAAACAAUGACCUCUAGGCACUGACCUCAUAUAUAUAGUCAGUAGGGAGAGGGCUGACCAACAGGAUCUACUGACCAGUACAAUGUCAGCCUUAAUUCAGGAUUCAACUGAAACUGCCACCGUACACUUCUCCCACAAUAUCUUUGUACCAACAUGUAGAAAGCAUUCUCUCCAUUCAAAAUUUACACUACAUGUGGAGAUUGGAUUUUCAAAUGUAAAGAUUUCUAAUUGUUUCAGAUUUAGGGAGUGUGAAGCUUUUUACUGAUCCUGAUUGUUAAAUGUGAAGCAUUUUACUGAUUCAGAUUAUAAAGUUUGAUGCCUUUUACUGAUCUGGAUUAUCAGUAGGAAACUUUGUCCUGAAUUAGGUGGUCGAGUGUGAAUUCUCUUUCGAAUUGGAUUAUGCAAAGUUUGGGAAAAUGUUUACAUAAUCAGAUUAUUAAGCAAAGCUUUCUACUGACUUGGAUUAUGAAGCUUGAAGCUUACAUCAGAUUUAGAUGAUAAGUUUUGAGCUUCAAAAUGAAAUAAGAGUGCAAUGUGAUAAAAAAAAAAAAAAUAUAGGAGAAUAUUUUUACAUCUAUCAUUCUGUCAUCAAUUUCUAGUGCUCAUACUAACAUAUUACACUGCUUGUUGUGACAGAGGUUAAUUUUUCAAAGACUACGUACGUAAACAGAAGGAAUUUCACCACAAACCAGCUGCAGAAAAUCGUAAUCAUUGCGAGUAAAGCACCUGACGUUUCCUGAUACUGCCUGCCUUUGACUGUUUUAUCAAUCUAUGAUUGCUGCAAAAAUUUAUAUAGAAAAAUGCAUUAAUGUUACACAAGUCUAUAAUAUGUGAUGUGUUAACGGCAGAAGUCACCAUACAAGUCUAUAAUAUGUGAUGUGUUACUGGCAGAAGUCACCAUACAAGUCUAUGAAUGUGAUGUGUUAACGGCAGAAGUCAUCAUACAAGUCUAUGAUAUGUGAUGUGUUAACGGCAGAAGUCACCAUACAAGUUUAUGACAUGUGAUGUGUUAGCGGCAGAAGUCACCAUACAAGUCUAUAAUAUGUGAUGUGUUACUGGCAGAAGUCACCAUACAAGUUUAUGAUAUGUGAUGUGUUAACGGCAGUUCUCAAUACACAAAAACAUUACAUUGACAUCUUGCCAAGAGAUGUGUUUUUCGAAGUUGGGCUCAGCUCCCUACACCGGUAUAAACUAUUAUAUAAUACGACACAUUCAGUUUUGUCCAUUUUUAUGUUGUUAGGUGGAUGAUCUUCACCAUGUUGUUUUAUUUCUGUGUUUAGAAUCCAGCCAAGCCCUGAUAUCAGUCUGUAGCUCUCCGAUAUACCAAAUCUCUACAUUUCAAACUAAAAUUUACUCAAGUGUUCUUGCGAUGUUAUUUUUCGUAGAAAUACAGACAGGAUUAUUAUGAUGUACUUAAAGCUAUCUUAUAUCUGAUCUCAAUUUGGUAAGUUUGUCAUGUGUCAUUGAGUUUGAUGUAUAUUAAAGAUAUCUAAUACUGUCAUACUCAAAAUGAAACACUGAAGUAAGAAAUGUGGAUUUGAACUAUGAUACAGGUUACAGUCCUUUUCUACAUUAAAAUGCAUAAAAAAAAAUUCUAAACAGAUAUUUAGAAUUCAUUCAAAUUAAAAACUGAUUUUUAUUAUUUAUCUGUUCAUGCCAGAUGACCUUUGCCAUUCAUUCGAAGAAGUCUUCUUAAUUAAGGGUUAUUCAAACCUUUUAUUUACAUGGACAAAGCAGGAUUUUCAUAAGGUUUCCAGCCCAGCUGAUGAUGACCGAUUCACCUACUAUAUCUAGUCCCUGUAGAACCGCACUGUUUUUACCUUCGAGAUACCAAGUGUAUUUCACAAACAAAAUCUGUGUACUUAAUGUGAUUCAUUGUGUCACAUGUUGAUCAUGUGACUACCAUCAUGUUAUAUGAAAUUAUUGUACCAUUGUUAUGUUGUAUUCAGCAUCAUUUGGUGAAGUUUAUAUCCUGUUGUAGCUCUAGACAAUUUUUAUAAUUGAUUGUUUUAUUAUUUUCCCUGCAGCUAUACAAUUUAAUUUUUAUGACAUGCAGCUGUUUUAUUUUGGUUUCCCUCUCUCAAGUUUGAAAUGUACAAGGUGUGAACAUUUGAUACCUGCUGAAAGUUAGUGUGAAAUUUGUGUAUUCUGAUAGCUACCAUGAGCCUGUGACACUUGUACUUAUCCUUUAUCAUACAUUUUAGUGUGCUGAAAAAUAAAUCUUCAGUGCAAGGAAA